AGAGAAAAACAUAGAAACUCUAGCACUGAUUUUAGAACAUACCGGAGAGCCGCCGCUUUCAUCAUCUGUUUCCGGUCUCUGCAGCUCUGUCUAAGCUCGGAUAAGAACUUGUACGCUCUAUGCGCAUCAUCUAAACUCACUCACACCUAUGGGCUACACUUCCACUCUUUCUCCCUACUUUCAACCUAAGAUUUCACUUAGCCAACAGUCUGACGCCUUUGGUCGUCCUCACGGUGUGCUAGUGUCCUUCUCCAACACUGCGUUGUCGUUUACUUCUAGGCGAACAUGUUUCAGGUACAGGACUCUGGUUGUGAGGGCGGUCGAUGGUGGUUCACGGCGGCAGUCCAAUGCCCGUAGAGUUUACAGGCAGUCUCAAGGAGAGAGUGCGUUUCGUAGUGCUCCUGUCCAGCAGAUUGCGUCCUUUGUCGUGCCCGCCGGCGCGUUUAUGGCCUUUACUUUCGCUGACAGUUUUGUGGAAAUUGGUGGAGAAAAUCGUGAUGCCAAAGCCAAAAAGGCCAACAUUGGUGGAGAAUAAAUCUUCGGCUCCUGCAAAAGGAAUGAAUUGGUCUUUUGCUGCUGGCACAAAUUUAUUUCCGGGUCUCACUGCAAAGAUUGACAGAGAGUCCAAGCAGAAGCUCAAUGAAUUUGCCAAGGAAAUUAGGUCAUUCAGCAUAGUUGACAUGUCAGGGUGUAACUUUGGAGAUGACGGACUAUUUUUCCUUGCUGAGAGCUUAGCAUACAAUCAGACUCUAGAGGAAGUGAGUUUUGCUGCAAAUGGAAUAACUGCAGAAGGAAUAAAAGCCUUUGAUCGUGUUCUUCAGUCAAACAUUGUAUUAAAAACUCUAAACUUGUCUGGAAACCCUAUUGGAGAUGAAGGAGCUAAGAGUCUAUGUGAUAUAUUGGUAGAUAAUGCUGGCAUCGAAAAGCUCCAGAUGAACAGUGUGGACCUUGGUGAUGAGGGUGCAAAGGCAAUUGCAGAUUUGCUGAAGAAAAAUUCAAACCUGCGUGUGAUUGAGCUUAAUAACAACAUGAUUGAUUAUUCUGGAUUUACAAGUCUUGCUGGAGCAAUUUUGGAGAAUGCCACUGUAAGAAGUAUAUAUCUCAAUGGCAAUUAUGGUGGUGCUUUGGGGGCUAAUGCUUUGGCUAAAGGACUUGAGGGAAACAAGUCAUUAUGGGAACUCCAUUUGCAAGGAAAUUCUAUUGGAGACGAAGGAGUUCGUGCCUUAAUGUCAGGUUUAUCUGACAGUAAAGCAAAACUUACUCAUCUAGACCUUGGGAACAACUCAAUUAGCGCAAAGGGAGCCUUUCAUGUUGCUGAAUAUGUAAAAAAGAGCAAGAGCUUGUUUUGGAUGAAUAUGUACAUGAAUGACAUAGGUGAUGAGGGUGCGGAAAAAAUUGCAGAAGCUCUAAAGCAGAACAGAAGUUUAGCAAUAAUAGACUUGGGUGGAAAUAACAUCCAUGCCAAGGGCAUCAGUGAGAUAGCUCAAGUUUUGAAAGACAACUCUGUCAUUACAACAUUGGAAGUUGGAUAUAAUCCUAUUGGACCUGAUGGAGCCAAGGCAUUAUCAGAAGUUCUUAAGUUUCAUGGAAAUGUAAAAGCAUUAAAGCUUGGUUGGUGUCAGAUAGGAGCAAAAGGCGCAGAGUAUAUUGCUGAUACUUUGAAAUAUAAUAAUACGAUAACAAUUCUGGACUUGCGAGGAAAUGGACUUAGAGAUGAAGGUGCAAUGUGCUUGGCUCGUAGUUUGAAAGUGGUGAAUGAAGUUCUAACUGAGCUUGACUUAGGAUUCAAUGAAAUAAGAGAUGAUGGGGCUUUUGCUAUUGCCCAAGCGCUCAAGGCUAAUGAAGAUGUGAAAAUUACCUCUUUAAACCUUGCAAAUAACUUCCUCACGAAAUUUGGGCAGAGUGCUCUCACUGAUGCAAGAGAUCAUGUAUACGAGAUGAAUGAGAUGGAAGUGAACAUUGUUUUCUAGAAAAAUUGAAUUCACUUUACAGGGAGGUAGUUUUUGUCAUAUGCAAGAACAUGACGAGCUGUUCUUUUUCUCGUAUUCUUCCUGCGGAUAUAGGUGAGAACUAAAACAUUAAAGAUUUUUUUAGCUGUAACUAACACAUCAACCUGAGCAUUUGGAUUUUUUGACGUUGAGAGAUCAUACUAAACUUCACAACCGACAGUUUUGUGUCACUGUAAACAUUUUUCCUGGCUUUAGUAGACUUCAGAAUUAGAUGUAAGCUUCCUUAUUUCUGUUUGUUUAUGGUAAAUAAUUUACAGAAUUUAUUAUUUAAGCUCAAUCUGCGUAUUUAGUGCUGC